UCUGGCAGUCGGUGGAUCGGGAGAGGUGCUGACAGGGCGGGGCCGUGGCUCGGCUCAGCCGGCCUCACCCCUCCCGCUGGGGACAGGUGGCUGGAGUGCGCCCCGCCUCCGCCAGCUGCGAGUUGGGAGUGAAGGAGGGCCAGUCCCGGACGGCCGCCGCCAGCUGCAAGUGGGAGUGAGUGAGGGCUAGUCCGGGACGGCCGGGCGAGGAGUCCGGCGGCAGCAAACGAGUAUCGUGGCGGCCAAAAAAAUGCUCUUGUACCGAGGGGCCCCCGCGGGCCCUGGCGCGCCAGUUGGCGGGCUGGCCCGGCCGAGCAGUGGCCCGCAGGCCUUCGGGAUCCGCCUGAGCACGAUGAGCCCCCGCUACCUACAGAGCAACUCCAGCAGCCACACGCGACCCUUCAGUGCCAUCGCGGAGCUGCUAGAUAAUGCUGUAGAUCCAGAUGUAUCCGCCAGGACGGUCUUUAUAGAUGUUGAGGAGGUCAAGAAUAAAUCUUGUUUGACCUUUACUGAUGAUGGAUGUGGGAUGACACCUCAUAAACUCCACCGAAUGCUCAGUUUCGGCUUUACAGAUAAAGUAAUAAAGAAGAGCCAAUGUCCCAUCGGGGUCUUUGGUAAUGGUUUCAAGUCAGGCUCCAUGCGGCUAGGAAAGGAUGCUCUUGUCUUCACCAAGAAUGGGGGUACUCUUACUGUUGGACUCCUAUCACAGACCUAUCUGGAAUGUGUCCAGGCCCAGGCGGUUAUUGUACCAAUUGUUCCAUUCAGCCAGCAAAACAAAAAAAUGAUUAUUACUGAGGAUUCCUUGCCCAGCCUGGAAGCCAUCUUGAACUAUUCAAUUUUCAACAGUGAAAAUGACCUGCUGUCCCAGUUUGAUGCCAUCCCAGGCAAAAAAGGCACUCGUGUUCUCAUUUGGAACAUCCGCAGAAACAAAGAUGGAAAGUCUGAGUUGGACUUUGAUACAGAUCAAUAUGAUAUCCUGGUAUCUGACUUUGAUGCAGAAGAAAAAGAGAUUAGUGGUUCUGAGCUGCCAGAAACAGAGUAUUCUUUACGGGCAUAUUGUAGUAUUCUAUAUAUGAAGCCAAGGAUGAAAAUUUUUCUACGUCAAAAGAAGGUGACCACCCAGAUGAUUGCCAAAAGUCUGGCCAAUGUAGGAUAUGAUAUAUAUAAACCUACCUUCACAAAUAAGCAGGUGAGAAUCACUUUUGGAUUCUCUUGCCAGAAAGCUAACCAGUUUGGAGUAAUGAUGUAUCAUAACAACCGGCUCAUAAAGUUCUUUGAGAAGGCAGGAGGCCAGGUAAAGCCAACUCAUGGAGAAGGCGUAGGAGUGAUUGGAGUCAUUGAGUGCAAUUUCCUAAAACCUGCCUAUAACAAACAAGACUUUGAGUACACCAAGGAGUACAGGUUGACAAUAAAUGCCCUUGCCCAGAAGCUCAAUGCUUAUUGGAAGGAAAAGAUAUCUCAAGAGAAUUUUGAGACCUCAACUACAGCCAGGAAGAUUCCUGACCAGACAUGGGUACAGUGUGAUGAAUGUCUUAAAUGGAGGAAACUUCCUGGCAAGGUGGAUCCAUCUACAUUACCUGCAAGAUGGUUUUGUUACUAUAAUUCCCAUCCAAAAUACAGGAGAUGCUCUGUUCCAGAGGAACAAGAACUCAUUGAUGAAGACUUAUAUUUGAGCAAAACUAAGAAACAAGAUCAAUCUGUUGAGAAGAAGAAGAUACCUAUGGAAAAUGAGAACCUCCAGGCAUUCAGUAAUCCACCAAAGAUUCCUUCUGUUCAAGAUAUUGUUGGACUGAAUGACAAGACAAUUGGAUAUGAGAGAAUUGAUAGCCCUACCCUCCUUCCAUCUGUUGGAGAAGAAAGCAGAUCACCUUCUCUUCAACUUAAACCUCUGGAUUCCAGUGUUUUUCAGUUUUCCAGUAAAUACAAAUGGAUUCUAGGUGAGGAACCUGUGGAGAAACGAAGAAGGCUCCAGAAUGAGAUGGCGACAUCUCCUCUAGAUUAUUCCAUGCCUGGCUCUUUUAGGAAGGUAGAGGCAGCUCUUGCCUACCCAGAAGGGGAGAACAGUCAUGAUAAAUCAAGUUCUGAGAGAAGUACACCACCAUGCCUUUUCCCAGAAUACCCAGAAGCAAGCAAGAAUACAGGACAGAAUAGGGAAGUGUCUGUUCUUUAUCCAGGGGCCCAAGACCAGCGCCAAGGGUCCCUGCUUCCUGAAGAUUUAGAAGAUCAGAUGCCAAGACUGGUAGCAGAAGAAUCCAAUAGAGGAGAAUCCAAUAGAGGUAGCACAAGCAUAAACAAAGAAGAAGUGAACAAGGGACCUUUUGUAGCUGUUGUUGGUGUUGCAAAAGGUGUUAGAGAUUCGGGAGCCCCCAUUCAGCUAAUCCCUUUUAACAGAGAGGAGCUUGCUGAGAGAAGAAAAACUGUUGAAUCCUGGAACCCAGUGCCUUAUUCUUCUGUGGCCUCUGCUGCAACACCUGCUGUAGCCAUUGGGGAGAAAGGAAGAGGCUAUGAGGAGAACGGAGGUCGUAAUACACCGAAGAUGAAGAACCAGAGAGAACUGGAAGAAUUGAAAAGAACCACAGAAAAAUUGGAACGUGUUUUGGCUGAAAGAAAUUUGUUCCAGCAAAAGGUGGAGGAGCUGGAACAGGAGAGGAAUCACUGGCAUUCUGAAUUCAAGAAAGUUCAACAUGAAUUGGUGACCUAUAGUACGCAGGAGACAGAAGGGUUAUACUGGAGCAAGAAACACAUGGGUUAUCGCCAAGCUGAAUUCCAGAUUCUGAAAGCUGAGCUAGAAAGAACCAAAGAGGAAAAGCAAGAAUUACAAGAGAAACUGAAGGAGACAGAAACACACCUGGAAGUGCUACGGAAGGCUCAGGUCUCCUACCGGACCCCAGAGGGAGAUGACCUAGAAAGGGCUUUGGCAAAGCUUACGCGACUGCGUAUCCACGUCAGCUAUCUUCUUACUUCUGUCCUCCCUCACUUGGAGCUUCGUGAGAUCGGGUAUGACUCAGAACAAGUGGAUGGGAUCCUGUACACAGUGCUGGAGGCAAAUCACAUACUGGAUUGAGCACCAGACCAUAUAUAUAUAUAUAUAUACACAUAUAUAUACAUAUAUAUAUAUUCUUCUUUUUUCAGACUGUGUACUAUAUAUACUCUUUUCUAUACUUCUCUAUUUUUCUCUUGCCCUCCCUUCUCUUCUCUUUUCUCUUCCUCCCAACACACACAAAAAACUUCUUUCUCCCUCUCUCUGUCACCUUUAUGCCUUAUGUAGAGAAUCUUUGACUAAAUCCUGGAUCUUAAUCAUUCUACUGCUUAUUCAGUUAUGGUGUAGACAGAGAAACCAGUUAAAUAGACUUUCAAGAGUCCAGGAAAAGAAAAACAAGAGUCACCAAGCUAGGUGACCAGAAAACUGUAAUUUUCAUGACCUAGGUACUUGGCCUAUUUUAUAUCCUUUCUGAAAUGGUUCAUAUUCAUUUUGGUUAAGUUAGCAAAUACUAGGUCCAAUAUACCUGGUGUUUCUUGAUAAAUUUUGAAGUAUUCAUGGUUUCAGCCUACCAAAGUUCUAACAAUCUAGUUGGAAACACAAGACACCAAGUUACCUAACUAUACACCGAAUUAUAUGGUAUGUACAUGUGAGUGGUACAAACAUGACAUAGAAAUAGGGGAAGGGAACUCAAGGAAGGCAUCGCUCCAGAAAUGGAACCUAAACUAAGAUUUAAAGAAUGAGCACAGCCAUACUGUUAAUGCCUGUCCUUAGGUGGUAGGAUUAUGGUCGAUAUUUUUUUCUUCUUCCUAUCUUCCUGCCUUUUUCAAAUUUUCUAUAAUAAACUUGUUAUUCUUACAUUUGAAAAAAUGAAUUAUUUUUUAAAGGAACAAUUAGGCUUGGAUUUGGGUAUCAAAUGAGAGACUGUGAAUAUAUGUAAUAUUACAUUUAUUACUUAGGUUAAAUUUAGCAUUACCUCUGGAAGAACAGCAUGAACAAAGACACACAAAAUCCAGAAUGGGAAAAAUGUUUUAGGUAGGAGUGGUGGGUUAAUGUAAAGGGAACCAAGAUUAAAUCAUGACCCAUCUACCUACCUACUUAUCCAUCUGCUGUGGUAUUUGCUUUUUAAUUAGGAAUUCUUUAAAAACAAAUCUUCAAAGCUCAACAAUUUUAAAUAUAUAUCACCAAAUUGUGGAAUUUCAGGUAUUGGGGGAAUUAUUUUACAGUAGGGAGAUCUGUCUGAUGUCUCUCAGAAUAUACCUACGUACCCUUCACCCCAGUGUGAGGGGUAGACCUCAUAGUAUCAAAAAGAGUAAAGCUUAUAUUCAUGUAAAAUGAAAUGUUUUGUUAAUUCAUUGCUGUAUUACAUUUAUAUGGUGCAUUCUCUCCAAAGAGUUCCAAGUGCUCCUCAAAGGACAGUAACAAAGAACACAUAAAAACAUCAAGGAGUUGGAAUGUGACUCAGUGGUAGAAUGCUUGCCUAGCAUGCAUGAGGCCCUGGGUUUGAUCCCCAGCACCAAAAAAAUAUUAUGAACAGUGAAAAUAUAGGAAGUGUAGAAAUAAUAAAAGCAAGGUAGUCUCAAGCAGUAGUAAAAGGAUUAGCUAGAGAAAGUACAUUGGCUACUCAUUCUGUUUUUCUUCUGCAAAGGUACUUCAGAAGACUUUUACAAACUUAUUUUACUUCCUUUGAAAGGAAGCCCAUCAUAGAUAGUCCAGUGAGACUACAUGGGAAAGAAGGCCAGAGCCAGACUUCACCAUUAGGAUGAGUACUUAAAGAUAUCCCUGCCCAUUAUCAUACCACCUUACCUCACCUCAGCUUGCCACAUGAUUAAUUUUCAUGUUGGAUAUUUGGAUCAUGAUAGUCAAGGCCUCGUUUUGUCUAAGUAUAAAUAUUACUGAGGGAUAGGGAACAUAUUCAACCAUUUUCUCAGUGAUAUAUGUUUAUUAUUUGGGGGCUGGGAGAACAUAAGACAGUACAAAUAUUAAUAAUAGGAAUAGGAAUCUGGUAGAAGGAAAAGUUCAGAGUAUUGAAGGCUGUGCCUUUAUGGAUGUUUGUAGGACAAGUGAGGGGCAAAGUAGGAAGGAGGACAGGCAUUGGGCUUUAAAAGGAAAAAGAUGGAAAAAUCUAACUAGUACUUGCUGUCAGUCAACUCCCUGGCCCAUUCCCUGACAGCCCAUGGUCUCGACCCCACAAUGUUUUUUCCUGGCAACAGUUAUCUGUGUGAGUCAGUUCCCUUGAACAAUAUGAAGUGUUACCUGUUUAUUAUGAAACCAUACCAGCAUAAGGUCCCUUUAGUGUUAAAUACCACUGUGGAGAAAUUGGGACGUGUCUUACAACCUUACUAGAGUCCAUGAUCUAGUGUAGAAGCAAGACAUUGAAAAGGUUAGAUUAACAUGAUCAUAAUCUUCCUUUCAAAUAUCUCUCACAUUUGCCAUUGAAAUAGAUUCUUAACUGGCCUACCAUGCCCCAUAUUCUCACUCAGUCAACCCUAUUCAAUAUCACUAAAUGGCUUUUAACAAUUUUAUCAUGCCUUGCCUUUAUUCAAAGAUUUGCUAGUGCUGACAGUUGCCCACCGAACGCAAUACCAAUUCCUUAGCAUGGUGCUCAAAACCAUUUGUGACCUGGCUUCAACCACUCUCUCUAGACUUACUUUCCAACAUUCCAAACACAAGCUAUAUUCCAUCCAAACUGAACUCUUUUUCAGUUUCUAAACAUGCUUUAAGAUUUCUCCUUCUCUACCUUUGCUGUUCCAUUCCCCUUACCUAGAAUGUUCUUCCUAAUCAUCUUUAUUUUGGAUCUCAAAUGCCAACUUCUUUUCUACAAAUUGCUUUGAUUAACCAAGUUAGCCAUGACAUUCCCCUUUGAAUAUUUAAGUUUUAUGUCAUUUAUUAGGCUCUUACCACAAACUUCCUUGUCUAGUCUUCCAUAAUAGAUAGCUUCAGAUUCAAAUAUUCAACCACUUAUUUGACAUUUAUACUUACAUAUCUCACAGACAUUUCAAAUAAAACAUGUUAAAAAUGAACAGUGACAGACUCCAGGACUGUUCCUUCCCCCUCAAUUUUCCUUGUCUUAGAAAAUGGCAACUCCUCCUACCCAGUUGCUUAAACUAGAAAGCUGGAAGUCACUCUUAGUUUUCCUCUUCUCUCAUCCCCUACAUUCAGUCUGUCAAGAAGUCUGUCAUUUCUGUUCCAAAGUAUAUCUUGACUCUUCAUUUUACCAUAGCUACCUUAGUCCAUCUCCCAUGGAUUGUAACAACUCUAAUAGGAGUUGUUAUGUCUGUUUUUCUUCCCACAAUUGUAUUUUCAUUAGAAAUGUGAUUUUAAGAAAUGCAAAUUAAAUCUUGUGACACCCCUAUUUAAAGCCAUUAAAUAACUUCUCAUUGCACUUAGAAUAAAAUCCACACCUCUUACAACAUCCUAUAAGACUACUGUGCUUCUUUUAUUUGUCUUGAGAACCCUUUUAUCCCACACCACUUUUACCCUGGUUCACUGUGGUCUUCCCACUAAAGCAUGUUAAGCUCUUAUGUACCUCAGGGCUUGUACCCAUACUGUUCCCUCUCCUGAGACUUACUUACCCCUACUGUUCCUUCUGGAAUACUUGUAUCUCCAUUCUUGGCAAGGCUAGCUAUUCCUCAUCCUUUAGGUCUUGGUAUGUCACUUCCUCAGACAGGCCUUCCUUUUUUCUCUAAAUGUUUCCUGGUUUUUUCCCAACUCAUAUCAUUGCUCACAAUUUAUAAUUGCAUAUUCAGUCACAUACUUCCAUCCAACAAGUAUUUAUUGGGUACUUACUGUGUGCUGCAAGAUAUGCAGUGGUGAACACAACACACAUGAUCCCCAUAUGACUCCUUUAAUGAUAAGUUGCAUGAUGGGAAGGGUUUUGCCUGUUUUUGUCAACCACUGUAUCCUACUUCUUAUCAUAGUACCUAGGAUAUAGUAAUCAAUAAACGAU